CCUAUUCUUCAAUGCGGUGGGCUCGUCGUUCGCCGGCGGAUUCGCUCGUGCCGUGUCACUCAGCCCGAGAAGGGAAUAGGAGGGACCCAGUGCUUAACACCCAUAUAACCCCCGGCCAAUUCCCCUUUCGCUUGCUCGCCAGCAUGUCCAGCGAGAGGAAAGAUGUCGGGUGCUGCUGUCCUCCAGGAACCUCAACCCUCCAGCCCGCCCGGCUCGGCCAGUUCGGGCUCGGAGUCAGCCUCCCCUAAGGCGCAGCAUGUCUUCAAUGAACAGACAAAUUACGUACCUAGAAGCACCAUUAUCACCAUAUUUUUGGCCUGCUCGACCGUCGACCUCAUAGCUUUGAUGGACCAGACUACCCUGGCGGCCAGCUUGUCAAUUAUUGGAAACGCGCUGAACGCCAGCGAUAAAUCAGCUUGGAUAUCCGGGGGCUACUUUGUCACUUCAACAUGCUUCCAGCUCAUAUACGGUCGUCUUUCGGACAUCUGGUCCCGCAAAUUUGUGCUGUUCGUAGGCCUGGGGAUCUUCUUUUUCGGCUCUCUGGCAGCUUCUCUCGCACAGACUGCCACGCAGCUGAUCGUCUUCCGCGCCUUCACUGGUGUCGGCGGCGGCGGGCUAAUGACGGUGGCUCAGAUGAUAGUCAGCGACGUUGUACCACUUAGAGAGCGAGGGAAAUACCAGGGAAUUUUAGGUGCAGUGGUAGCACUGGCUAACGGAAUCGGUCCAGUUAUCGGUGGUGCCCUGUCCGCUAUAUCCGAGGACUCUUGGAGAUGGAUCUUCCGGCUUAAUCUUCCACUUACUGCAAUCUGCACGCUCUGUGUUCUCUUCUUCAUGCCAUUGCGGAAAGUUACAGGGGACUGGAAGCUUAAGCUCAAAGCUAUCGACUUCGUGGGGGCGGCUCUAGCUCUUGCGGGUACCGCAGUGCUUCUUCUGGGGCUUACGUGGGGUGGUGGUGAAUAUCCCUGGGACUCAGCCCAUGUCAUCGCCACCAUCGUUGUAGGAUUUGCUGUCUGUGUAGGCUUCGUGUUAUGGCAGUGGAAGGGCGCCCGGUACCCUUUGGUGCCGAUGCACAUAUUCAAGUCACGUAUCGUCAACGGAGCUUGUCUCACCAUGUUCAUCAAUGGGUGGAACUUUCUUGUACAGGUCUACUACAUUCCGACCUUCUACCAGCUUGUGUUUAAUUACUCCACCGUGAAAUCUGGAGCAAUGCUCCUGCCCAUCACCUUGAUGCAGACCGUCAGUAGCACCGUAUCCGGGCUCAUCGUACACUGGGUAGGUCGCUACAGGGAAUGCAUCCUUUUCGGAUGGAUGAUAUGGGCGGUCGGGCUAGGUCUCUUCUCGACUCUCGACGAGUCCUCCGGUCUUGGAAAACAGAUCGGAUACGGGCUCCUAACUGGUGUGGGCGUCGGAAACACACUACAACCUGCCCUUAUUGCCAUCCAGGCCGGUGUCGAGCGACGAGACAUGGCGGUCGUAACCUCCUUCCGAAACUUCGUUCGAAACCUAGGUGGUACGCUAGGUCUCGCAAUCGCUCAAACAAUCAUAAACAACCUGAUAACAUCUUCAAUGGCUCCCCUGCACCUAAGCGCCGAAGACAAACGCUCGUUCCUCUCUAGCCCACAAAGCUUCCUCUCUACUCUCCCAGACUCCGAAGCUCAACGUGCUCGGGACCUUCUCAUCCCCGCAUACAAGCGUGGCUUCAUGAUUAUUUUCGUGAUCGGGGCAUCUCUGUCAGCAGCGGCAUUUGUGCUCGCGUUUGGGCUCAUGCCACAGGUUGGGCUGAAGAGGGAUGAUGAUGAGAAGUUGAAAGAGGAGGGGAAGAGGAGGGUUAUGGAGAAGAAGAUUAAAGAGAAAGGGAAGGGCGGGGAGGAGGUUGAGAGGCAGGAACAGGACCAGCGUCAAUCAUAAGUUAGUUAGCUCGCAUAGAUGGGUGGUUUUGCUGGGAGAGAAUUAUGCCCUGGUGAAAAAGUUGUUCAGCACGUUCUGGCAUUUUGGGUGGUUGUUGUGCUGUUUCAUAGAGCUGUGUUCAGCCUUUGUUGCUGGUCUGGAGAACGACCACAGAAAAGCAUGAGUAUAAAUAAUACGGUAAGCUACCUCAGCUUAAGUACCAGAUUUAGGAUGAUACACAUCUACAAGACACAAAAAAGUAGAACUGAAAGGAAAUUGCUAUCAAACAGAACUAUUUAUAUACACAGUCUGAACCAAACCAAAAAAAAUUUCCAGCCAUAGUCAUAGUGGCAUCUCAUCACAAUUCACAUCCGUAGUUUAGUUUACAAUUUAGCCUUAGCACCAUCAAGCAGCUCUGCACCGGCACCCGUGAUAGCAGGCUUGCCAGUAUCGA